GCUCUUGACUCUCACUGCAAAUAACUGCACGGUGCACCACAGACCCCAUUGAUUAUCAUCUCCUAGUUACAGAGCUUGUUUGACUGCCACCUGUCGUAAUACAGACAUGUCUUGGAAAGCAAGCUUUCAGCAGGGUGUUUUUAAUUUCAGGAGAAAUAAACAUUCUGAAGCCCUUGUGCUCUUCGAUGAAGCCAUUUCACUCGGCUGUGAUUCCUUCAUUGUUUAUGACUCUCGUGCGGCCCUGCAUGAAAAGCUCGGGAACAAUAAAGCUGCUCUCCUGGACGCGAAGAAAGUUGUGGAUACUGCUCCAGAUCGUUGGCAAGGCUAUGCUCGCUCAGCACGUCUAUUUCAUGCGCUUAACAAGGACGAGGUGGCCAUCAAAAUGAUUGACCUUGCUCUCGAGCGUAUCAAAUCAGACGAUGCACAGCGCCAUCAGGAACUCAAUGCACUGAAGUCACAAGCAACCAAUGCCUUGAAGGCUGCUGACGAAAGAAGGCGAGCGCGCAUUGCAAAGACAGCAUAUUACAUCGGCAAGCUACCUGUAGAAAUCUUUGCAGAGAUCCUUGGCCUCGUGGUUGCUACAGACCAUGCACAGAUUCUCAAGCUGUCACAUGUCUGCAAACAUUGGCGCGGCAUAGCUAUUAAGACUCCUUCACUUUGGCAGACACUGGUGGUUUCGAAGAACCGUCCCACUAGAAAGGUACGAUUAUGGAUGGAACGAGCUCGGACACGCAUAUCGGAUCUCUCUUUUCACCAUAAUAUAUCGGAGAUGGACUGGCCAUCCAUCCUCUCAGAACUCUCGUCAUUGUCUUGGUGUGUCCUUCGUUCUCUCGCAGCACCUGGAAGCUUGUUCUCCCGACUCUACGAUCUGCUCCACCGAUUAUCCAAGACAGAAGUCAUUUCGCGUCUCGAACAUCUAGAUGUCACAGGGUGUCCGGGUUUUGAGAGAUUCUUGCCAGACUUUGAAGCCUCUCACCUAGAUACCCUGAAAGUUGCCAACUUUACCCCUUCAAUGGGCGGGCUAUGGAGUCGGGUGCGUCAGCUCAGAACCAUGACUGUCGAGGCAGGAUGGAUAGAGAUACUCCCGGCCCUGACGGCCAAUCAGUCACUGGAGAAUCUUGUGCUCUCUGAUUUGGUCCCAAUCCCAAUGCAGUCAGGUGGCGAUGACUGCGUGGAACUUUCCGACCUCCAAUGCUUAAAACUCUUCAACAUUGCAUCAGUCUCUAUGAUUACUCGCGUCAUCGUCGCACCUAAUUUGCAAGUCCUGCACUUGUUCAGCAUUAGCCAUUCGUCUGACGUGCUAGAAUUUGCGCACGCCGAUUCUCUUCGGGCUUUGAGGGAGCUCCGGAUUGGAAGCUGCACUACUACCGCCAGGUCGCUGAAUGUCAUCAUUGCUGGAGCGCCUUUAUUGGAAACCCUCCAAAUAUCAGGCAUACAGGGGGUCGUUAAUGAAGUACUCGACUUCAUUUGCGGUACACAUCCGAACGAUCAGCAUCAAGACGUGUGCACCUUCUUGAGACAUGUCGACCUCUCUAGCUGUGGUGAUCUACUCACCAGAAAUGCUUAUUCCCUUGUCAAGACCCGCCUGCGCACUGAUCAGCCCGCUGCUGAAGGUGGGGGUCAGCCUGGGUGCAGGGCCGAAAUCGAGUCCUUGCGAUUAGAUGGUUGCCCUCUUAUCGAAGCAGAGAUGCUACCAUGGUUCAGAGGAAAAGUGAAAGUGUUUAGCUGCGUGUAUAUGACGAAAAAAGAAGGCAAACAAAGGCGUUGAUGAGCUGAGUCGAGCCUGCACCGGUGCCAAAAUUUAAGCUACCUUGAAACCCAUUUCAAGGCUCGAGAAGAGAUACAAGCAAUCCUCUUGGGGUUGAAGCACGCAG